AUGUUCCUCCGCGCGCUCCUCGGCCGCGUGUUUACGCUCCUUCUCCCGGUCACCCUCGCAGCCUCCGUCUACCUCUACCUCUACCCCGUCUUCAAUGGCUGUGGGUUCCCUCUGCCUCGAGUUCAAUCCGCAACUGGCGAUAACGCUUCGAUUGUCAGCAGGCUGCAGCAAAAUGUCGCUGUCAAUACCUUCCUCCAACACCUCCGCACCCCGGACGCGACGUCGGACAACCAACCCGCCAUUUUUCGGCUGCUAGUCCUCGCGGACCCGCAGCUUGAAGGCGACUCGUCUCUGCCAUUGCCUGAUUGGAAGCUUGUUCCGCGCAUGCGCAAACAUUGGGCUGCUAUUCAGGAAGCAGUCGUCGAAGCCUCUGCGACGAUGCCCCUCCCAAAGGCCCUCCUCGACCAGAAUGUUCUCGAUAAUAUUACGACUGGGUUGAAGACGUUCGUUACCGAGGAUGUAGCCCGGUCUGUUCGUGCGACCCUGAAGCAGGUAGACCUGUUCGGAAACGACUACUAUCUUGCGCAUAUCUAUCGUACCCUGUUCUGGUGGACUCGGCCAACGCAUACAACAGUGCUGGGCGAUCUUCUGGGGAGCCAAUGGAUUGAUGAUGAGGAAUUCUCGUGGCGCAGUACGCGAUACUGGACACGGGUUUUCCGUGGAGCAGAGCGCGUGGAUGAUAAUCUUACCUCGACGGGGGCGCUGGCUGGUGGUCAAGGCCAUGCUAAGCAGCAAUUGGAACCCCUGGGACCAGAGGCAGAUCCAGCCUGGCCGAGGCGCAUCAUCAAUAUCGCGGGGAAUCACGAUAUCGGAUACGCAGGGGACGUGAGCAAGGCGCGGAUGGAGCGCUUUGAGCGCGAGUUUGGCCGCGCCGAUUGGGAUAUUCGCUUCCAGCAUCCUCCCGUUUCGCGUGGAGGUAACGACUCUGAUGGGUCGGUCAUUACGCCGACGUUGCACCUUAUCAAUCUGAACACGCUUCUUUUUGAUACGCCUGCUUUGGUGGAGGAUCUUCAGACUCGCAGCUACUCGUACCUGAAUGACCUGAUCAGCGAGCGCCUGUACCCGGUUGAAGACCGCUCAACGUUCACCCUGCUUCUUACACACUUGCCCAUGCACAAGGGAGAUGGGAUCUGUACCGAUGGGCCCUAUUUCACUUUCCAUGAUGAAGAUGACAGCGAUGGACUGGAUGGCGUUCCGCGGUGGAAGUCCGGCGGUCUGAGAGAACAGAACCACCUCAGUGAUCACAUUAGUGCUAGCGGUAUCUUGCAGGGUAUCUUCGGCUUGAAUGGUGACGAGAAUGCCGCUCACGGUGGCUAUGGCCGGAAGGGACUUAUCCUAACCGGCCACGAUCAUACCGGCUGCGACGUUAUCCACUAUAUCAACCGGACCGCCGAGAGAACCGGCGAACCCGAAGGCUCUUCUGAGACUCAGAGCUGGAAGUGGGCUGCCAAGCGCUUCAACAAGUACAGACCGGAGAAGCUGACUACCCCGUCAAUCCGCGAGGUGACCCUGCGCGCUAUGAUGGGCGAGUUUGGAGGGAAUGCGGGCCUUCUCUCGGCUUGGUUUGAUGCCAGCAUUGGUGAAUGGGAUUACGAGAUUACGAUGUGUCCGGCUGGUGUACAGCAUAUUUGGUGGACGGUGCAUGUGCUGAUUUUGGUCACCGUGAUUGUUGGAUUACUUGUAUUGGUUACGAGAGUGUUGGACACUGAGACUGGUGAGCUUGAGACGAGUAAGAUGACGUAUUGGGAUGCGUCGAGAUCGAAGGAUGAGAAGCCUGUUGAGAAGGUGUCUAGAGGACAGACGCCGGGUAAGGCUCGUGGUGACGAUGACUCGAAGAGGUAA